AUGCCGUGGUCAGAUUUCGCAAAUGCAGAUGUGGAUGAUAUCGUCGAGAAGCUCACUACGGACGAGGCUAUUCUCCUCACCGCUGGUGUUGGCUUCUGGCACACACAUGAAAUCGCCCGCCUUGGGAUACCCGCUGUAAAAGUUAGCGAUGGUCCUAACGGUAUCAGAGGCAAUCACUUCUUCAUGAGUACACCGGCCAAGUGCCUGCCUUCUUCUACCGCGCUUGGAGCUACCUGGGACACGGAACUGAUCGAGGAAGUUGGGUUGAAGUUACUCGCAAGCGAGGCCAAGCUCAGAGCCGCGCCUGUGAUUCUUGCCCCGACAUGCAACAUCCAACGCAACCCUCUAGGUGGCCGUGCCUUCGAGAGUUUCUCAGAGGACCCACUUCUAUCUGGUCUCAUUGCGGCCGCAUACGUUAAAGGUGUUCAAAAUGGCGGCAUUGGAACUACAAUCAAGCAUUUCGUGUGCAAUGACAAAGAAGACGAUCGUAUGGCAUACGACUCGAUCCUAAGCGAACGUGCGCUUCGCGAGAUCUACCUCAUGCCGUUCAUGCUUGCCCAGAAGUAUGCGAAGCCGUGGUGUUUCAUGACUUCGUACAACCGUGUCAAUGGCACCCACGCCUCUGAGAAUAAGCAUCUCUUGCAAGACAUCCUACGCCGCGAGUGGGGCUUUGAGGGGCUCGUCAUGUCUGAUUGGUUUGGAAUCUACAGCAUAGACUUGAGUAUCAAUGCUGGCCUCGACCUCGAGAUGCCAGGUACCAACAAGUGGCGCACCCUUGAUCUCAUGAACAGGUCUAUUGGCUCAAGGAAAUUGACCGUGAGGACUGUAAAAGAGCGUGCGCGCAAAGUUGUCGAACUUGCCAAGCGCGUCGCUCAAGAAGCACCAGAAAUCCUCGAUGGAGAUGGUAUAGAACGUACCGUCGAAAGUGCCGAAGACACAGCUCUCAUGCGCAAAGUCGCAGGAGAAUCCAUCGUAUUGCUCAAAAACACUAACGCCCUCCUCCCUCUGAACCCUAACAAGAUUAAAAAGAUUGCUAUUGUCGGAGGGAACGCAAAAGCUAUCGUACUUUCUGGAGGAGGAUCGGCUGCACUCAAACCAUCGUACUUCGUGACCCCGUAUGAUGGUGUUACCGCUGCGCUUCCCAAAGGCGUGGAGGUUCUCUACAGCGAGGGUGCUAGCACCUACAUGGAGAUGCCCACACUCGACUACGAGCUCUUCACGCCCUCAGGCAAGCGGGGCUGGACUGCUACGUGGUACGCGCAUGAAGACGAUGAGAGCAUGUCUGUAAUCAACACGGCCUACUCGACGCGUCUGGUUGACGAGACGAGGAUAUUCAUCAGUACAUCGGCACCCAAGGGUAUCACGAGACGUUGGACGAUGAGACUCGAGGGUGAGCUAAAGCCCCGCGAACAUGAUUGUUUGUUCGAGUUCGGCUUGACUGUUGCUGGAAGAGCUAGGCUCUUCGUCGAUGGUCAACUCGUCAUUGACAACUGGACACGCCAACACCGUGGCCAAUCCUUCUUCGGCAGCGGUUCCAUAGAAGAAAAAGGCCGCGUGCCACUCAAAGCCGGCGUCAAACAUCACAUCCUCGUCGAGUUCUGUAACGUCCGCGCACCAGCAGACGGUGAUGAAGACGAGAUGGUGAUGGACAGCAACCCCGGCGUUCGUCUUGGUGGCGCAGAGGUGAUCGAUGAAAAUGUGAAGAUGGCUGAGGCUGUGGAGAUCGCGAAGAAGGCUGAUGUGGUUAUUGCUGUCGUCGGCUUGAAUGCGGAUUGGGAGACGGAGGGGUAUGAUCGGAAGACCUUGGCACUGCCUGGACGUACAGAUGAGCUGAUUGAGAAGGUGCUAGCAGUGAACCCCAACACUGUUGUCGUGACCCAAUCCGGUUCAUCCAUAACGCUUCCGUGGGCAGAUUCAGUUCCUGCGAUCCUUCAUUCAUGGUACUUGGGUAACGCGACGGGCGACGCGAUUGCAGAUGUUCUAUUCGGCAAGAAGAACCCGUCGGGCAAGUUGUCCUUGACAUUCCCCAAGAAAUUGGAAGAUAUCUCCGCCCAUGGACACUUCCACUCUGAGAACGGUGUCCUCCGUUACGGCGAGGAUUUGUUCGUUGGCUACAAGCACUUCCAUCAUAGAGGCAUCAAACCACAGUUCUCGUUCGGUCACGGUCUCUCCUACACGACCUUCUCUUACUCGAACUUGACACUCUCCAAGGCAGCUGUCUCGAACGGCGAAUUUAGCCUGAACGCCACCUGCUCCGAAGUCGUGCAGCUGUACGUCUCAAUGCCUACCACGUCCGACGUGACGCACCCGCCGUUGCUCCUUCGUGCCUUCCGAAAAGCCAAAGACCUCCAACCGGGACAAAGCGAGAAGGUGACGUUGACGCUAGACAAGUAUGCUGUGUCGUUCUGGGAGGAGAGGAUCGAGAGGUGGGUGAUCGAGAAGGGCGUUUAUGGUGUCAAGGUGGGCAGCAGUUGUGAUGAAUUGCCAUUGGUCGGCAGCUUUGUACUUGAGAAAGGGUUCGAGUGGAACGGCUUGUAA